CUGUCUCAGUCGAAACAUUUUGGAUACAGUUUUUUUUUUUAAUUUUCCCAGUUGUGUCCUGGACCGACCACGCUGGCGAGCUUUUACGUUAUCCGGCUGAGAACCCACCCGCGAGGACUUGGUCUCACUGUGGACUUGACCACCACCGCACGGCUGAGAUAAGAAAGUGGGACUUUAUUGUUCAAGGCUAGCUAGCUAGCUUUGCUAAGCGGCUUGUUUUUGUGUGUGCAGCUUGGACCGCAGGCUAUAUGGCUACGAAUUACGAGCCAAUAUAUGGACUUUCAGAAGAUGAGCAUGAAACAAGAGUGCUGCGGGUUAAGGUUAUUGCAGGAAUCGAUCUGGCGAAGAAAGACAUCAUUGGAGCCAGCGAUCCUUAUGUCAAACUUUCCCUCUAUGCUGCGGAUGAAAACAGAGAGCUUGCCUUAGUCCAAACAAAAACCAUUAAAAAGACCCUCAAUCCCAAAUGGAACGAGGAAUUCUACUUCAGAGUGUGUCCGCAGAAUCACAGGCUACUCUUUGAGGUGUUUGAUGAGAACCGAUUGGCUACUACCAAGAAUGGGCUUUUCCAUCUCGGACAGACCAGAGAUGAUUUCCUGGGUCAAGUUGAUGUUCCUCUCAGCCAUUUGCCGACAGAGGACCCUGCUAUGGAGCGUCCCUACACAUUUAAAGACUUCCUCUUGCGGCCCAGAAGUCACAAGUCCAGGGUGAAGGGUUACCUGCGUCUGAAGAUGGCCUAUCUGCCCAAGCAAGGAGGACAUGAGGAGGAGGCUGGAGAGUUGAGAGAGGAGGCUGAGGGAUGGGAUGAGUCUGCAGACUCAGGCUCCCAGCGACCACAGCAGCUGCUGCCCCCAUUGCCCCAAGGUUGGGAAGAGAAGGUGGACAACCUGGGACGUACUUACUAUGUCAACCACAAUAACCGCACUACACAGUGGAAAAGGCCCUCCAACAUGGAUGUGAUUUCAGAGACUGAGAGUGACAAUCAACAGCGGCAGAUCCAUCAGGAAGCGCACCGUGUUUUCCGUUCAAGACGCCACAUUAGUGAAGACCUAGAGAACGAGCACCUGGAGCCCAGGGACAUGGACAAUUCCUGGGAGCUCAUCACAGAAGAAGAUCCUAACGACAGCUUGUCCCAGUCUCUGCCUGGCCCCUCCUCCAUCUUGACACCACAGCACCCACCAACACCUGUCACCCAGGAGUUUGCUGAAGAUUUGAAUCUGAGGCUGUCGCUCACUCCCGAUACCAACGGGGAAGUGCCAGGGCCCAGCUCUGCUCAGAGCCAGCUGUCAAACAGACUCCGUUCCUCCAGUAUGACGGAUGGCGUCAGUGAACAGGCCCAGGCUCCUCCUCUUACGCAGAGUUCCCAGACCAGAAGAACAAGAGCUCAAACAGUCUCAGGUGGUGAGGAGUCUAUGUCUCCCUCGGCGACUGCUUACACCUUGACCACCCCUGGCCUGCCCCCUGGAUGGGAGGAGAGGAAGGACGCCAAGGGAAGAACUUAUUACGUCAACCAUAACAACCGCACCACAACCUGGACUAGGCCAAUUGUGCAGCUGACUGAAGACGGAGCCAGCACCUCAGCAGCCGCAGCAGCAUCGGCAUCAGGAGGAGCCUCGGCCCUGGCACCCGCAUCCACCCCCUCCUCCUCUUCCAAUGCCUCCAACAACCACCUCCAUGAGCCCCAAGUCCGACGACCUCGUAGCCUCAGCUCCCCUACUGUCACCCUUUCCACCCCCAUGGAGGGAGCAAAUAAUAUCCAGGUACGGAGGGCUGUGAAGGACACAUUCUCAAACCCCCAGUCUCCCCAGCCAUCCCCCUACAGUUCCCCCAAGUCACAGCACAAGACACAGCAGAGCUUCCUGCCCCCAGGCUGGGAGAUGAGGAUAGCCCCCAAUGGUCGGCCUUUCUUCAUUGACCACAACAGCAGAACAACCACCUGGGAGGAUCCCAGGUUGAAGUAUCCAGUCCAUAUGAGGAAUAAGAACUCGAUGGAGCCCGGUGACCUUGGUCCUCUUCCUCCUGGAUGGGAAGAAAGAGUUCACUCAGACGGACGCACCUUUUAUAUUGACCACAAUACAAAGAACACACAGUGGGAGGACCCUCGCCUGCAGAGUCCAGCCAUCACAGGACCUGCUGUUCCCUACUCCAGAGAGUUCAAGCAGAAAUAUGACUACUUCAGGAAGAAAUUGAAGAAACCUGCUGACAUCCCCAACCGAUUUGAGAUGAAGCUGCACAGGAACAACAUCUUUGAAGAGUCGUACCGUCGGAUCAUGUCCCUGAAGAGGCCGGAUGUUUUGAAGGCACGGCUGUGGAUCGAGUUUGAGUCAGAGAAAGGAUUGGACUACGGCGGUGUGGCCAGAGAGUGGUUCUUCCUCUUAUCUAAGGAGAUGUUCAACCCUUACUACGGCCUGUUUGAAUACUCAGCCACGGACAACUACACUCUCCAAAUCAAUCCCAACUCUGGCUUGUGCAACGAGGAUCACCUCUCCUAUUUCAAGUUCAUCGGGCGUGUGGCAGGAAUGGCCGUGUUUCAUGGAAAACUACUAGAUGGUUUUUUCAUCCGACCGUUCUACAAGAUGAUGCUGGGAAAACAGAUCUCCCUUAAAGACAUGGAGUCUGUGGACAGUGAAUACUACAACUCUCUUAAGUGGAUCCUGGAGAAUGAUCCCACUGAGCUGGACCUGAGGUUUUGUAUUGAUGAGGACAACUUUGGACAGACAUACCAGGUCGACCUGAAGCCCAGUGGCUCAGACAUGGUGGUCACCAACGACAACAAAAAGGAAUACAUAGACCUGGUCAUCCAGUGGAGGUUUGUCAAUCGGGUCCAGAAGCAGAUGAACGCCUUCUUGGAGGGAUUCACUGAGCUCAUUCUCAUAGAUCUGAUCAAGAUCUUUGAUGAAAACGAACUGGAGCUGCUCAUGUGUGGUUUGGGUGAUGUGGACGUCAACGACUGGAGACAACACACUGUUUACAAGAACGGCUACUGUCCCAACCAUCCUGUUAUACAGUGGUUCUGGAAGGUUGUCCUCUUGAUGGAUGCUGAAAAGAGAAUCCGACUCCUUCAGUUUGUUACGGGAACUUCACGAGUGCCGAUGAAUGGCUUUGCAGAGCUUUAUGGUUCUAAUGGUCCUCAGCUGUUCACAAUUGAGCAGUGGGGGACACCAGAGAAGUUGCCAAGAGCUCACACAUGUUUCAAUCGCUUGGAUCUGCCAACCUACGAAUCAUUUGAGGACCUGAGAGAGAAACUCCUCAUGGCUGUGGAGAACGCGCAGGGCUUCGAGGGGGUCGACUAAAACUGACUGCACCAAACCAACCAACAAUUUUAAAAAAACAAAACAAAACAAAAAGCCACAGGGAUGUCAAACCAGCUGCUGUAGCAGUUCUAUGCGAGCAUGUUGUACUGUAAUGCCUGACUGUGAGCCACCAACACAGCACAGUGGUUUGAGACUGUACAGCGACUUGUCGAGCCAAUAUGCCUACGUCUUUAUAUCUUUUCAGUGUGGGUAGGUCACUCCUUAAAGGUGCUCGGGAAAGAAAGGGAGCAUUGCACUGUCGAAUGCUGAAAUCUAUUAUCCACAGGCAUGAGCGAUGAAUGACGAGACCUGGCCCCUGAUCCGCUGUUUCUUUCCCCCUCUACCCUUGUCCUGUGAAAAUCUACAGUGCUGGAAAACACUAAUGCAUUUCAAUAGCUCCUUUAUGUAAACUAUAGCACAGUAUUUGAGCACCCUUUCAGUGGAAGGGUCUUAGCAUGGCCUUAAUCUGGCUCCUACAUGCACUAUUUCUCAAAGAAACUGCAAUGGCACUAUGAUCACAACUCUCUCAAAUCCUUAGACCAACACCAGAUUACCUUAGGAAUGCUAGCCAAUCACAUUUCAGGAAAUCGGCCACACCCCUCCGUAGAGCCUUGUUUAUGUUGUGUGAUCAGAAAUCGCCGCUGCAGCCUUUUGUAGAAUAAGGUUUUUGUUUUCUUUUUUUAACUACUGGUAAGGAUUCAAGAAUGGGGGAUGACAUAAUCCCCAAAGAUGAUUUUUAUAGUUUUUCUCAUCAUGGAACAGGUUUUUUCUUUUGUUUUUUGUUUUUUUUAAAUCAUUGGUAUAAUUCUGGCAGGAAAAUACUCUCAACGUAUUUGUACUGAUGAACAAUGUUGUUUACUAUUUUGACGAUUCUAUAUGACAUGGUGUGUGAAGUGUAAAUCUGGCUAGUCUGGGAAAUGAUUAAUCCAUAUCAUUUGUUAUGGUGAUAGCAAAUGUGUUGAAUAAAAUGGUUUUUAUUGUAGUGCUAUGAAAGCAGCAUGAAACUGUAUCUUGUGUUUGCUUUGACUACAUAGUAAUUUGGACGUGUAACCGGUCUCGAGGUUGGGAAGGGAAAACUAAAACCGGGUGUAGUUUCUCUGAGACGUCAUGAUUAUAUUAAUAUUCUCAUGCCUGUUGCUGUUCAUAAUGCUGUAAAUUGUUCUUGAGGAAAAAAAAAACAUUUUAAGUUCUUUCAUGAUAUAUAAAUAUAUGUAUGUAUUACAUUUAACAGAAGUAUUACUGAUCAACAACACUAAAAUGAAGCUGUGUGUGUGUGUGCGUGCGUGCGUGCGUGCGUGGGUGGGUGUUUGAGAGAAAAGCUGUGAUUGCCACUGAAUAUAAAGCAGCACGUUUCUUACAAAGAAAUGUUUUUUUUGUCUUUUUUAUGUUUUUGUUUCUCUCUCCUUUUUCUAACACCAUUGAACCUAAAGGGCACUUUAUAGAUCACUCUGAGGUCAUGUCGCCUAUUGUAUGUCUUGUCAUUAACUUGAAUG